UUAUCCAAUGGCUCUUUCUUGGUUUCUCUUGCUCAGUCUCACUAUUUCCACUCUUCUAAACAUUGGUCUUUAUUCGGCUGCUCAGGAUGAUAGAAAGGCUUACAUUGUCUACAUGGGCGACAGUCCAAAAGAUGAGGUUUCAAUGGCACAGCUUCACGUCAAUAUGCUACAAAAUGUGGUUGGCAGCGAUAUUGCACCGGCAUCUCGACUUCAUAGCUACAAGAGAAGUUUCAAUGGAUUUGUUGCGAAGCUAACCGGGAAAGAAGCACAAGAAAUGGCCGGGAAGGAGGGAGUAGUGUCUGUUUUUCCUAGCGAAAAGCAGGAACUGCAUACAACAAGGUCAUGGGACUUCAUUGGGUUUCCUCAGCAAGUCAAAAGGAGCACACUCGAAAGCGACAUCAUAAUAGGAGUAAUCGACACUGGAAUUUGGCCCCAGUCUAGUAGCUUCGACGACAAAGGAUUUGGUCCACCACCUUCCAAAUGGAAGGGAUCAUGCCAAGUCUCAUCCAAUUUUUCUUGUAACAACAAAAUCAUUGGAGCAAAGUACUACAAAAGCGACGGUUUCUUCGUAAAAGGUGAAAUCUUGUCUCCACUAGACUCGGACGGCCACGGGACACACACGGCAUCGGCGGCCGCCGGGGGCUUAGUAAGCGGCGCAAGCCUUUUCGGGUUCGGCUUGGGAACUGCGAGGGGAGGAGUUCCGUCGGCUCGCCUCGCUGUCUACAAGGUGUGUUGGCCGUACGAAGGCUGUCAAGAUGCCGACAUCCUUGCAGCCUUUGACGACGCUAUUGCCGACGGCGUCGACAUAAUUUCUGUCUCUCUCGGAUCAUCCGCCAGGGAUUAUUUCCAGAACUCGAUCGCCAUUGGCGCUUUCCAUGCUAUGAGGAAAGGAAUUUUGACGUCCACUUCAGCUGGCAACAACCCGUCGAGUCUUACAAACUUUUCUCCUUGGUCUAUCUCUGUGGCUGCUAGCACCAUGGAUCGGAACUUCGUUACUAAUGUUCAAUUGGGCAACGACAAGAUUUAUGAGGGAACGUCGAUAAAUACAUUUGACAUGAAAAAUAAACAGUUUCCUGUAAUAUACGGUGGAGAUGCACCCAAUACUACGGCCAAUUAUGACUCGUCUUUUUCAAGGUAUUGCUUGGGCGAUUCGUUGGACAAGAAUUUGGUGAAGGGUAAAAUUGUCUUAUGCGAUGGGUAUACCCUCGGGACAGGGGCGCAGUCGGCCGGGGCGGUCGGCGUCGUCAUGUCCGGUGGGGCUUCCGGGAAGCUUGCUGACACAUAUCCCUUGCCUUUGUCUUCUCUUAGCUUGGAGGAUAGUGCCAAACUUUAUAUCUAUCUUAACUCUUCCAGAAAACCAACUGCAUCAAUAUGGAAAAGUAAAGAGAAAUCUGAUAAGCUGGAUCCCUACAUUGCUUCGUAUUCAUCAAGGGGUCCAAAUCCAAUUACCCCUAAUAUUCUCAAACCAAACUUGGCAGCUCCAGGGGCUUAUAUCUUGGCAGCAUGGCCACUGUACAUCCCAGUUUCGCGCAUCGAAGGAGACAACAGAAUAGCGGCAUACAACAUACUUUCCGGCACAUCAAUGGCCUGUCCGCACGCCUCCGCUGCUGCUGCCUACGUCAAAUCAUUCCACCCCACGUGGUCUCCGGCCGCCAUCAAGUCUUCUCUUAUGACUACCGCUAAGCCCAUGACUGCGGACCUUAAUUCCGAAGCCGAAUUUGCGUACGGAUCUGGACUAAUAAAUCCUCUAAAGGCUGCGUAUCCUGGUCUAGUAUAUGACAUAGAUGAAAAUGACUACGUAAAUUUCUUGUGUGGACGCUACAAUGCCAAGUUGUUGAAAAUAAUCACAGGAAACAGUAAGAGCUCAUGUUCUAAAGGCGGUGAUGGAACAGCUUCCGACUUGAACUAUCCUGCCUUUGUUGUCUCAGCCUCGCCUUUGGAAUCUAUCAACCAUGUCUUCAAUAGGACCGUCACAAACGUCGGAUCACCGACCUCAACAUAUAAAGCUAACUUGGUUGCCCCACCGGGGCUUAAAAUCACAGUGAACCCAAGUGUUCUGUCCUUCACAUCCGUCGGCGAGAAGCUAUCGUAUGCGGUGACGGUGCAGGGGACAGUAGAUAGGAAAGUUGUGGUCUCUGCUUCUCUUGUGUGGGAUGAUGGGGCUUGCCAAGUCAGGAGCCCUAUUGUUGUUUAUGUCCCAACAUAAAAGGGUAUAAUGUUUCACUGUCGCGUAAAAUAAUCAAAAGAAACUUUAGUAAAAGUGCCAUAGAAGAUUAGGCACAAAUUAAGUAUCAAUAAGAUAAAUGCAGUUGGGGGAAAAUUAAGCAAAGAACUAAAUAAAUGGUCUCUGCUUCUCUGUUCUGCCAUGCAAUUUUUAUUUGCCUUCGGAA